AUGAGGCUGGUAUAUAAUGGUGUCCAGGGGGGGAGGGAAGAGUGUAGUUUUGGUGCUGGUGAUGGAUCCAAGCGAGCGAGACAAUCCACCGCAGAAGAAGAAGAGAAAAAGGAAGAAGAACAACAACCACGACGACGACGACGAAGAGAAGAAGAGAAGAAGAAGAAGAAGAAGAACUUGCAAAAGAGAAAAGGAAAAGACGGAGCAGGCUAG